UUCAUAGCCUUAUUUCUGUCUUCACCUCUUCUUCUUCUUCUUCUUCUUCUUCUUCUUCUGGUUCCUCUUCUUGGUUUAGGGCAAGCGUCAAAGAUUUGCAGAAAGGGGUGGCUUUGAAUGAGGGCUUGAAGAAGAGAAGAAGACAUGAAGAGGCUAGUAGUUUUGUUUUUGCUCCUGGUAUUGAGCUACGCCGUGGCCUAUGAUGGAGUAUGCAAGUCUAAUUGGCCAUUGACUCCGAGACCCCACAGUGUGUCCGUCUCGGAAUUUGGGGCAGUGGGGGACGGGAAAACUUUGAACACAGUAGCAUUUCAGAAUGCUAUUUUCUAUCUUAAGUCCUUUGUUGACAAGGGCGGUGCCCAACUCUAUGUUCCAGCAGGCAGGUGGCUUACUGGAUGCAUCACUCUUACCAGCCAUCUCACUCUUUUCCUGGAAAAAGAUGCCGUUAUCCUUGGUUCUCAGGAUUAUAGUCACUGGGAUAUAGUUGAUCCAUUACCUUCUUAUGGCCGAGGCAUUGAGGUACCUGGUCGAAGGUAUCGGAGUUUAAUCAGCGGACAGAAUUUAACCGAUGUUGUUAUUACAGGCAAUAAUGGAACCAUCGACGGUCAGGGUUCUGUCUGGUGGGAACAACUGAAUGCUCAUUCUUUGAAUUAUAGUCGACCACAUCUAGUAGAAUUUGUUGGGUCAGACAACAUCGUCGUAUCAAACUUAACCUUCUUGAAUGCGCCUGCUUGGAACAUACACCCAGUUUAUUGCAGUAAAUUCCUAGUUCAGAACAUAACAGUUCAAUCUCCUCCCACCUCGCCUUACACUAGUGGCAUAGUCCCAGAUUCUUCCGACCAUGUCUGCAUCGAGAACAGCAACAUUAGCAUGGGAUAUGAUGCCAUAGUACUGAAAAGUGGUUGGGAUGAAUAUGGAAUUGCUUACGGCAAACCAACCUCUCAUGUCCACAUUAGAAGGGUUCGCCUCCAAUCUUCUUCGGGUUCAGGCUUGGCCUUUGGUAGUGAAAUGUCUGGUGGAAUAUCCAGUGUAUUGGCGGAGAAUCUUCACGUGCACGACACAUUAAUUGGUGUUGAGCUUAAGACGGCAAGAGGAAGGGGCAGUUACAUCCAAGACAUUUUUGUAUCAAAUGUCCACAUGGAAAAUGUACAGCAAGGAAUCAAGGUGACAGGUCAGUGCACGUCUCAUCCGGAUGAUGGAUAUGACCCCCAUGCCCUACCUGUUGUUAGUGAUAUUACAUUUAUGGACAUUGUUGGUGUAAAUAUUACUACUGCUGGUAUCUUUUCCGGGAUCGAUGAGUCUCCCUUCACAUCCUUAUGCCUUUCAAACUUGUCAUUUAACGUCACUGCCGACCCAUCUACAUCCUGGGUAUGUGCCAAUGUUUUAGGCUCAUCUGUCAAUGUGUCGCCUGAACCGUGUCCAGAACUCCAAAACUCGUCUUCUAGCCCGUCCUCUGAUUGUUUCGUCUUCUCACAUCCAAAUAGUCAAGUUGCAGUCUUAUGAUACUCCAUUCUUGAAUCUCGAUUAUUCAUUUACUGAUGAGAUACAAAAUUUCGUCAGUCGGUUCUGGUGUAUGAUCUCCCAAUAAUAUGCAAUACGGGCGGAAACAAAAGACUCUGGGCAACAAAAAGGUCCAAGUGGUGUCGGGUCAUAUUCCAUUCUGUGUACAGUGUCGGUUUCUUCAUUCAUGUGUAAGAAAAGUUUUGGUAGUGCAGAAGGACUCGGAUGCCUGUUGCCUUUGAUUUUUAUUCGUUUCAUGUUAUUUGUCAUUUCAUUCACAUUGUACAUUCUUGAGCUGGAGAUUUGCGAGAUUGAUUGAUUAUAGGCGGUGGUGAAAGGGUGUCAUGAUGAUCAGGGACUAUAUAGUUGGAAUUUGCAAUAAAAGUACCAUUUUCGUUCUUGGUUUAUUUCAGAAUA